AUGGGGUGGGGUGUAUUGGAGAGCAGACGGUCAGCAUAUCCUCGGGGCACCUCUAGACUUGGGGUAAAGGAUACGAGCGACGACAAAGUACCCGACCUCGAUAAUUCUAAGAGGAGCGGCGGCAUCGUGCUCUCCCCGCAGCCGAGUGACGACACGAACGACCCUCUCAACUGGAGUUUGAAGUGGAAAUGCCUUCAUCUCUUGAUCCUUGCUUUUGGUUCUGCAGUCACUAAUGCAACCACUACCAUGCUCACUCCAGGAUUGGAGCCUCUCACCGAGCAGUUCCAGAGCAACGAGAGCGAUAUCUCCACGUGGAUCCUUACAGCACCAACUUUCUGGACCUCAGCUGCAGCUUUCAUUGUGGUAGCGGGAACGGAUGUCUGGGGGCGGAGACCAUUCUACGUAUGGAGUGUGGUUCUGCUUGCUCUAAUCAACUUUGCUGCUCAUCUGUCGUCAACAUUCCCCAUGCUGGCCGUUGCUCGAACGGCUGGUGGCCUUUUUUCGGCACCCCUGUUUACACUUCUUACUGCAACUAUCAGCGACAUAUUCUUCGUUCACCAGCGAGGCCGAUCGAUCGCUGUGUGGAACCUCAUGCUGAAUUCUGGGGCGCAACUUGGUCAAAUCAUUGCCGGCUUCGUCACUGAUGCGUUCGGUGUGUCGGCAAACUUCCUCAUCACCGCCCUCAUCUACACUGCUCUGGUUCCUGUGUUCUACUUCACAAUCUUUGAGUCGGCCUACUUUACACGCAAGAUGGACGAUGUCACAACGAUCCAUGUGCAGCCUGAUAAACUAAGCGUCGAAUGGGACGAGGAGGAUCUCAAGUCUUCCGUGCGGCCUCCAAGGCAAACAUACAAUGAGAAGCUCGCUUUGUCCCGUGGUAGACUUUCAGAAAAGUCGUUCCUCAAAGGAAUCAUCAAGCCGUUGGGCCUCAUCACUUCUCCCAUCGUCUUCUACAGCUGCUUCUUGAACACCACAGUCUUCUUGUUCCUUGCUGGCAUAUCCACCUUCAUGUCAAUCCUCUUAUCCUCCCCUCCGUACGAUCUGACGCCCAGCCAGAUCGGGCUGACAAACCUACCUCUCUUCGUAGCCGGCCUACUGUCUGGGCCAUUCUUCGGCUGGAUGUCUGACGCUUCGGUCAAUUUGAUGGCGCGCCACAACGGUACAAGCAAAGGCAUGGUCGAACCCGAAUUCCGUCUUGUACUUCUCUUAGUCUCGACGCUAAUCACUAUGGUUGGUCUAAUGGGUUUGGGCGCAUCGUUUCAGAACAGUUUGCCUCUAGUCUGGAUUCUUGUGUGGAUGACAGUCACCAAUAUGGGCAGUGUCGCUGGAGUGCAGAUUGCCAUUGCGUACGUCAUCGACUGUCAUCCUGAGCACUCUGCGCAGGCCUUUUCUUCCAUCAACAUGAUCUCAGCAGGUGCUGUGACGGUGGGUCUCACUCCUAUGAUUGGCUGGCUUGACGUCGCUGGACCCAUGGCAGUUUUUGGAACACUGGCAUCGGCAGCUGCUAUUGUUACGGCGGCUGCAAUUCCACUCUAUGUGUUCGGCAAAAAGAUUCGCGCUUGGUAUGAGAGUGCGGCCUGGGCUCAAAAGCUUCUUGACUGA